AGCUCCAACAUUUAGCUACUGCAGAUUUCUCUUAGGAUUCUAGAAGGUUCGUUUUUCGUUUUUCUUUGCUGCAAGCAACAAAACGAGCAAACCCAGUUUCUCCUUUCCGGUGCUCUUGUAACAAGCGUAAAGGACAUGUUAAGGUCCACGCUUGCUAUUUUACUUUGAAACAACGUAGUUCCUUCCCCACUACAUUAUAAACAGUUUUAUCGAGACGACAGCUCUUUUGGGUAACACAUCUGGUAGCCAGAAUGAAGAGUAACAACAUAACAUAUUUACUGAGCCUUGUCCCAGGGAAACAAAGUCUAGGAACUUACAGGUUUCUCCCCAUCUUCUUCUGCAUUGGAGGCGUCAUGGAGUGGAUCAUGAUCAACGCAAGGAUAGGAAAAGAGACUUUCUAUGAUGUCUACCGAAGAAAACAAUCGGAACGGGAGUACGAGAAGAAGAUAGCUGAUGGUUUAAUAGUUCUUAAUGAGCCUUCAUCCAAGUGACCGAUGGCCAGACUAAAUGUUGACUUGCAGUGUCACCUAAGGACACAUUCUUGGACUCAAGCUCCCUACUUCUUUCCAACAGGCUGGAAUGGACUUCAUAUCAUGUAACAACAACAUGUCAAAGUUAUGAGUGAAAGGCAUAUGGAGAAGCAUGCACGUUUAUUGUUAUUAUCUUCAGUUUAAGAAAACAUUUGCAGUCAUAAUAUUAAUGGUAGCUCAAAUGAAACAAUGUAAUAAUCUCAAGAAUGCUCUUUUGGAUAUUAAAGUUAAAUUGUUAAAACAUUGCAUAGCACUUGCUCAAACAAAAUUGUCCCAGCCAAAUUGUAAAUAAAGAAAUGAUAUUAUGUAUUUAAA